UUCAAUUGAAGAUUUUGAAUAUGCAAAGUCACUUCAUUGUUCCAGCUAAUCUUAUGCGGAUUUGAUGCAUUAUUGUUGACAGAUAGACGAAAGCGUAGAGGAAAACGCCAGCCAAGCCUUUUUAAAUGCAGCAAUAAAUGCAUUGCAAGUGUUCUCAAAGAAAAGAAGCAAAGUUUACAUAACAAAGAUUCUGUGUUUUAAAAUUGUCAAUGUUUGUGAAAAAUUCAAAUAAGUUGCAAUUUACUUCACGCGUGGAGCCGAAGAACAAACUCACGCGAGAGAGGGCCGAUUUUGGCAACUCUACUAUUUGACAAACUCAGUCAAGUGUUAAGAGCACGCGACGGACCCGCGACGCGGAUACGGCAAGCGAUAAACCCAAAGGGAGGUGUGGCCUAACUUAUACUAUUGUCAAUAUCCGUAUAAAAGAAAUUGUCCUGUCGGACACCCAUAUCAAAACUUUUACAUCUCACCUAUCGAAAAUAUUCUACCUGAGCGAUUUUGCUGGAACUAGACUUCACUCCGACACACGACUGCCACAAGAUUUCAGGUCAUCAUCCACGUUAGCAUGGAGAACGACCCAAGAAUAAUGGAGUAUCAGGUCUCAGACUUUCAGACCAUCAAUGGUCAAAUGCUAUAUCAGACUUUUGUUAACGAGCCCCCGUCCUGCAUGUUCUCUAUAUCACCCGAAUCCUCCCCCGAGGCCGGAGCAUCCCACGUGUACGACAACAAGGAGAACGUUCGACGGAUGAUGUGCAAGAGGCGUCUUGAUUUUGGUCACCAGCAAUCUGAGUACCUGGGACUGCAAAAACCACCAACUGUUGCUGUGGCGCGACGCAACGAACGAGAGAGAAACAGAGUAAAACUCAUCAACAUGACCUUUGCAACUCUGCGAGAACACAUUCCCGCUGGGGCCAAGUGCGGCAAAAGCAAGAAACUCAGCAAAGUCGACACGCUGAAGGCUGCCAUUGAUUACAUCCGGUAUCUGCAAACCCUGGUGGACGAACACGAUGCAGUGGACGCCGUCCUUGACAACAACUGUCUCCCUAAGUCCUCCCCAGGGACGGUCGCUCCUCCCUCCCCCACGGUCAGUUCCCCUCACCCCAGCACUUGCUCGGAGGCGUCACAUGAAGGUCUCAACCUCAGCACAGAGGAGGAAGAGCUUCUGGACUUCACCAACUGGUUUUAAGCCGAACAUGCGAAAGAGGCCUAAAAUCAACAUUCCAUGAUUGGAUAAAAAAUGAAAGGUGCACGCGCUUGGCGUUACGUUGCCUGCCAACGUAGCUCCGCCCCACAAGAUACGCACUAGCGACAACGCCAGGUGCAAAGGAGGUGUUACCUAUGAUUGACAGGUGGUUGAAUAGCGCAACACGAGCCUUGGGACGACACGCGAGUGAUCUUAAACAAAUAAGUCUUCCAAACGCGGAAAAAAAGAUGACAGAUGACGGUGACAGAAUUAUGCAAAUGAAAAGAGGAGAUGAAAAUAAACUUGAAUUUAUAAUUCUAUUUUAUUGAUAUAUAAUAUUGAAUAGAACUAUUUUUAUAGAAUCAAAUUUGAAUCAUGCCAUUGCUUAUUAUAUAUAUUUUAUAUACAUGAUUAUACAAGUGCUACUAUUUUAUUUAGAUAUUUUUAAUGUAUAGAGAAUUCUAUUUUAGAUUUAUGAUUUAAAAAUAAACCCAAUAUAAUGC